AGAUGGCACCGCCGUCGACCUUGAAAGUAGGUGCGAUGAAGCAAGUGAGCAAAUUCCGCUUCCAACAUCGCCGAUUGAAGAAGUUGUGAUUAGCCCGGACGAUGUCAUUAUUGCGUGUGUCCGUGUAGUUCACUUAUGGAUUCCAGGCCCUCACAAUCAACGGCAGUGUCAUGGGUCCUGCUGACUCGGGAAAGACCACAUUUAUUGACUGUGCAGUUGGGAGACCCGAUGCUCUUUGUGGGUCGACUUCCCGUACAAAGGAAGUGUGCCCUGUCCGAAUUCCCCACUUCGACGGCAUUCGCGACAUUGUUUUGGUUGACACACCAGGAUGCAACAAUUCAUUCAUGACAGAUUUCCAGGUUCUCUGGGAAAUUGCAGAGUGGUUGAAUGCGGUGUAUAGAAAAGGCGUUAAAUUGAGCGGUAUUCUAUAUUUCCAUCGGAUUUCAGACACCAGCAUUCAAGAGGCACCGUCAAGGAACUACAACAUUUUCAAAGAACUAUGUGGCAAAGACAACUGCAAGAAUGUCAUAUUCGUUACCACGAUGUGGGAUCAAGUAUGGGAAGAGUUCGGCUCGGAACGCGAACAGGAUCUACAGUCUGACUUCUGGCAGGCGAUGAUCAGUCUAGGAUCAAGCACUCGCCACUUCGAAAGGACCACCAAAUCUGCUUGGGAUAUAAUUAACUCGGUUGCUAUUUCACCGCUGGCUGAGCGCCGCCCGCUUCAAAUCCAACAGGAAAUGGUAGAUAAACAUCUAUCGCUUGACAGAACAUCUGCAGGAAGAACGAUUUUAGACAGGCUUCUCAGUCUCAGGCCCCGCUCCGAAGGACUUCUCGCACGGAUUAAAAAGGCUACAGGGAGGCCGAGUUAUCGGACGACGAAGAUCACUGUCACCUUCACCUAUGAUCCCACCGAUGCGGAGUCCGUUGAGACAGGAAUAUACAGUUCUGGAACUUGCAGCGUGGAAGGUUAUCGAAGUGCUUUGCCGCAGAUAACAACUACUUUGCGGACCGCGUUUGACGCACCAGAAGUUGCCCAUAACGAUUAUCUGAAGGACGCAAUUGCACCAUGUCUUAGCAUUUCUCUGUCCAUUGAGACCAUGACGGGAACGUACCACGCGCAUUUCCAAGUUUUGGAAACCGCUACGCUGCUGAUAAAUGCUGCCGUUGACCGUGCGAAAGAGGCGACGUUCUCGCCAAAUAUACAGGCAGCGGUCAGCAAGUUUGCGAAGUAUGAUGAUGACGAAUGUCACAUGUAUAAACUUAAUACCUUGCCAGGGAAAUAAACCAGGUGCAGGAAAUCAUCCAGGAUCUCGCCCAAAGGACACCUGAAGCACGACGUGUCCUUCAAUCGACAGAUGUCCGUAUCAUUUCUUUCUGCGCACAUUCGAUACGCCAGGUGCGCGAGGUCCUCACAUCGGCAUCCUCCAUAAAAUAUGACCUCCGUGGUAUCGACAAAGGUUUGGUGG